AUGCUCAACCCCAGCCCCAACCCCUCUCCCUCCCAGCUGCGCCCCUUACGCAUUAUAUUAUUCUCCCUGUGGCUCACAACAACCAUACACUACGCCCACAACUACCUGCGCGCGGAAGACUACCCGCCAGUCCCCGGGAUCUACACAUCCGCGCGGGCAUAUCGCAUCGGCAUCACCAUUUCUUAUCCCUUUCACACCUUCUGUGGCAUCCGCGGCUACCAUCUGUAUAAGUCCGGAAACCUACAGACGUCACUUAUCUACCUCGCAAGUUACGCGUCGCUAGGGAUCCGCACACCGGCCCAUUUCUUUGGGGGCGUCCCCCAGAUCCCAUGGUUCUGGUUCCUCACCAUUUUUACCGACUUCUUUGCUGGGCUGGCGUUGGCAUUCUUUUGUUACAAGACAUAUGUCUCGACCACAAGGUUCUGA